AUGGGGUGGGGGUGGCGUUGCGGGCGGGCGCUGCUGUGCGGGGCGGCGGCGGCGAGAGGAGCGGGGCGGACAAUGUGCGCGCAGGCGGAUGAAUGGCGAUCGGCCACCUCCAUCUAUGACUUCCACGCCACGGAUAUCGACGGCCGAGACGUGGCCUUGGAGCAAUACAGGGGUUUCGUCUGCAUCAUCACCAACGUGGCUUCCAAAUGAGGAAAGACUGCAGUGAAUUACACUCAGCUUGUCGACCUGCACGCACGAUACGCUGAGAAAGGGCUGCGCAUAUUGGCCUUCCCAUGUAACCAGUUUGGGAAGCAGGAGCCUGGGGAUGAUGCACAGAUCAAAGCCUUUGCGGAGGGUUACGGGGUGAAGUUCGAUAUGUUCAGUAAAAUUGAGGUCAAUGGGGACGGCGCCCACCCGCUGUGGAAGUGGAUGAAGGAGCAGCCCAAAGGCCGGGGAACGUUGGGGAAUGCCAUCAAGUGGAACUUCACUAAGUUUCUUAUCAACCGUGAAGGCCAAGUGGUGAAGAGAUACAGCCCAAUGGAGGAUCCUUAUGUGAUGCUCCCCUUCAUCUCGAAGGUGAUCGAGAAGGAUCUGCCCGCCUACCUGUAGAGCUGUGAGCCGACCUGCUGCCCAGCACUGCUCCCUGCUCCCCAUGGGCACCAUCAUCCAGCUCCAUGAUGGUCUGCCUUGAAGCCAGCUUGCUGGUGGGGCAGACCUGAAGAUUUAGCGUGCAUCUGCUGGAGGAAGGAGCCCCAUGGCCAGGGGUCUUUGCUGGGCAGCCCCUUCCCAUAGCCAUAAUGUAGUAACUACUGUCCACUUGCAAUAAACCCACUUGGAAAUGA